AUGAAGAAGAAGAAGAAGGUUACGGUCCUCCAGUAUGCCAAGUGCAAAGAGUUCUUGGUGGUGAGAGACAGGGAAAGCCGCGCUCUAACGUUCGUCAAAAGCCAGAUACGCGCAUGCAGAUAUUGCCAGCAACUCGAAGACGCGGAGGAGGAGUCGGACGACGGAGAGCAGUCAGAUAGUGAAGAACCGGGUUGUCUGUUCUUCAGGAAAGCGAAGGACGGCCGCAUUCUUCAACGUAGCUUCGUCGUGACCAUCAUUGGACGGCAAUGUACCCUGAGUCAAGUCAAACCAUACGAGCACAGCGCUCACGUCGUUCCGGAAUUUGCCCCCGCCUCGCCGCAUCUCACACAGGAGAUAAUAGAACAUUGUCUUGUUGCCUCUCAUUGUGAUUCCCGUCUUUCUCCUGCCGAUGGCCACGACUUCGUAUUGCUCGAGUUCUUCCGACCUAUGGAGCUGGAGAAUGCUCUCGUUUCAUUGGAUUCCGCCCCUUCUAUUGAGCCCAGGCGUUGUCCGCCUAAUGCGGAGGUUGUCAACAUCGAACUGUCCGAUGGCGCUGGCCUACCAUCAUACGGCACCCUUUAUAGUGCGCUUGCCUCCGGUGUUCCCAUGGUGGUGUCCGGGAUUAAUCCCGGUGAAAGUAACCUCACACCCGCCUACUUCACUAAGAGACAUGGUAAAGAAAUCGUUACGGUCGUCAAUACGGUCUCUGGUACUGCGAGGACUCUCGCGCUGGAGGAAUUCAUGCAAGACUUUGGCAACCCUGACGCUCUAGUUGAACCGGAGAAACUCAAGGACUGGCCGCCAACAAAAGACUUACCCGUCGCCUUCCCCGAAAUGUUCAGGAUCUUCCAGGAAGCCCUGGUUGGUCCAAUAUUGACUUCGAAAUUCGGGGCUCUAAAUCUCGAAACAAAUAUGCCAAUCGGUUCUUGCCCCCCUGAUACUGGACCGAAAGCGUAUCUUGCACAUGCGGCGAGAGGGGGCACCACUACGCGCUUGCACUGUGACAUGUGCGAUGCGGUCAAUAUCUCGUUCUCUGCACAACGUGGACGCAAUAAUACGGAAGGGGGAGCCUUAUGGAUAAUGAUAUGUCGAGAUGACAUGGCACAAGCUGAGAGUUUGCUACGUCAAUGGAAGAUGGGCGCAUUCGAAGGGAACCCUAUUCACUCGCAGGAGCUCGUCAUUACUCCAAGCGAUGUAGACCGUCUUCGAGAUGCGAAAGUGAGGGUAUGGACCAUCGUUCAGAAACAAGGCCAGGCCGUGUUCAUCCCGGCGGGCGUCGGACAUCAAGUUACGAACUUGUCCUCCUGCAUCAAGAUGGCUGUUGACUUCGUCGCGGCUGCCAAUGUUCUACACUCGGAACGGAUCGGCGAGGAACUGCGGGAUCAUCGGCUGGCUAUAAACGACACGGAUGCUGAGGAUGUCCUACAACUCGCGCCCAUGUGCUGGUGGACGUUUGUGCGCUCACAGACAGAAGAAUAUCUUUCUGCCCGGUCCGAUCCAUCUUCUUCCCCCUGGACGUGCCAUUAUUCUGCAGCUCCAGCUUACCUUCAAGUUCCUAUCAAGGUCGACACACAGUUCGAUGAUCAGCGGAGCACCCCUAGGGAGACCGUGACAGACCCCAUCAUGGAUGAGCCUGCUCUUGACGAACUAUCACUGGCCGCCUCGUCUGGUGCGCCUGAGACAUCGCUACACAAAGCAUAG